AUGGGGAGGAAGCUGGACCUGUCCAGCCUGACGGAUGAUGAAACCGAGCAUGUCCUCCAGGUGGUCCAGCGAGACUUCAACCUGCGGAAGAAAGAAGAAGAACGGCUUAGCGAGAUAAAGCAGAAGCUGGACGAGGAGGGCAGCAAGUGCAGCAUCCUCUCCAAGCACCGCAAGUUCGUGGAGCACUGCUGCAUGCGCUGCUGCUCGCCCUUCACCUUCCUCGUCAACACCAAGCGCCGCUGCGGGGACUGCGCCUUCAACGUCUGCAAGAGCUGCUGCUCCUACCAGAAGCGCGAGAAGGUGUGGCUCUGCUCCGUCUGCCAGCAAGCCAGGCUUCUGCGGACCCAGUCCCUGGAAUGGUUCUACAAUAACGUGAAGAGCCGUUUCAAGCGCUUUGGCAGCGCCAAGGUCCUGAAAAACCUGUACAGGAAGCACCGGCUGGAGAGCGGAGCGGGCUUCGACAUCCUAGGAGGAAGCUUUUUUGAGGCAAACCUGGAGAAUGAAGGAAGUGUUUCAGGAAGUGAUUCAACAUUUUAUAGGCAAUCAGAAGGACACAGCAUGAUGGACACAUUGGCUGUUGCCUUACGCGUGGCCGAGGAGGCCAUUGAGGAGGCGAUUUCCAAAGCAGAAGCCUAUGGGGACAGCCUGGACAAGCAGAACGAGGCCAGUUACCUGCGGGACCACAAGGAGGAGCUGACUGAGGAACUGGCCACGACCAUCUUGCAGAAGAUCAUCAGGAAACAGAAGAGCAAAAGUGAGCAGCAAAUGGACGAAGAGCCAGAGUGGUCACAGCCGCAGGGCUGCAGUGUGAAGGCGGCUGACGAAGGGACCGCGGCCUCCCCGGGAGGCCACCCUGCCUCCAGCGUCCCCUGGCGGUCCCCGCCUGAGUUCUCCCCCACCAGAGGAGAUGCCCUACGGACCUGUUCUCUGGAGGCUGCGUCGAGGCAGCCGGGGAGCCUGGGCCAUCAGCCCCGGGAGGAGCCUGAGUGGCCCAGCUUGAGGAGCCUGGACAGUCCAGACCAGGCAGACCCGGCCCCCGUUUUGCAGAGCCCUGACGGGAACUGGGUGGCCCUGAAGGACGGCACUCUGCCCCCCGCCCGCCUGCUGGCCAAACCUAAGGGUGGCGCCUUCCAGGCCCUGGAGGCUGCCUCCAGCGUAGCCUCCGCCUACGAUGAGAUGGGCUCCGACAGCGAGGAGGACUUCGACUGGAGUGAGGCCUUGAGCACGCUGUGCCCACGGCCCCAGGAUCUGCCCAGGAACCCCCGGCCUCCGCCCACACAGGCCCAAGGCUUGGACCAAGCCACCUCUGCUCCCUCCAGGCUCUCCCCGCACCUCGAGGCCACGUGCUCCGACUCAGAGACUUCCUCCACGGGCUCAUCCCGGGACACCGGGCACCGUCGGGCCAGGCUGUCCUGGCUGCAGAGGAAGGCUCCUAGGACCCCCUCGGCUGACAAGAUGCACCUUCAGGGGGAGCUGGACGUGAACUUCAAUCCCCAGACAGCCAGCAGGGAGACCUCGGACAGCAGCGAGCCUGAGGAGGCCCCCCACACGCCAGACCGGCGGGCCCGGAGGUGGAGAAGGGCCCGCGUGGGCUCAGAGGAGCCAAGCAAGGAGCCAUCUUCCCCCAACACCCCUACCCAGGAGCUGAGCGCCCACCAGGUGUUGGGUGACUUAUCAGAGAUUGACCUCGGCAAUGAGAUCCCGCACCCCCGGACCACGGAGGAGAAAGUGAGAAACAAGUUGUUCGAGUUGGCGAUGAAAAUGAGCGAGAAGGAGACUUCUUCAGGGGAGGAUCAGGAGUCCGAGCCCAAGACGGAGUCCGAGAAUCAGAAAGAAAGUCUGUCCUCUGAAGACAACAGCCAGAGCAUCCAGGAAGAGCUGAAGAAGAAGUAUUCUGCUGUUUCUCUCUGCAACAUCUCCACAGAAGUCCUGAAAGUCAUCAAUGCCACGGAGGAGUUGAUAGCAGAGUCCACAGGGCCCUGGGAGUUCCCACCUGGCCCUCCUGACAGAGAGAAGGGGACAUUUCCUCUCGGGACAGACCAAGUGAGACUGGAUGAGCAGCUGACCUCGCUGGAAGAAAACGUGUACCUGGCAGCAGGCACUGUGUACGGGCUGGAAGGCCAGCUGAAUGAGUUGGAGGAUGCCGCCCGCUGCAUCCACAGCGGCACUGAUGAGACUGAGCUGGCAGAUCUGGAGGACCAGGUGGCCACGGCUGCAGCCCAGGUCCACCAUGCUGAGCUCCAGAUUUCUGAUAUCGAGCGCCGGAUUUCAGCCCUGACCAUUGCAGGACUCAACAUAGCACCGUGCGUGCACCUCACCAGGAAACGAGAUCAAAAGCAAAGGAGCCAGGUACAAACAAUAGACACAUCAAGACAGCAGAGGAGGAAACUGCCUGCUCCACCAGUGAGAGCUGAGAAAAUGGAGGUUUCUUCAGUGACCAACACAAAAACAUUCAACCGCAACUUCAUUCUCCAAGGCUCCUCGGCAAACAGGAAAAGCACCACCAAGGACUUGCUGGAGCCCGCUCUGGAAUCCGCUGUGAUGUAUUAG